AUGGCUCCCCGCUGUUUUAUCGUCCGUCAUGGCGAAACAGAAUGGUCCUUAAAUGGUCGACACACCGGAACAACAGACCUUCCACUUACAGCGAACGGUGAAAAACGUAUAAAGGCAACGGGGAAGGCACUGGUUGGUAAUGACCGUUUAAUUGUUCCGAAGAACCUUGUUCAUGUAUAUGUCUCUCCCCGCCAUCGUGCCCAACGAACACUGGAACUCCUUGAAAUCGGCUGUCGGGAGCGAUUACCCUGGAACGCGGCGCGGAAUGCGGAGGAUCAUGAGCCUAUUCGGACGGAGGCGCGGGUUGAGGUUACUGAUGCGAUUAGGGAAUGGGAUUAUGGGGAUUAUGAGGGGUUGACAAGUAAGCAGAUUAGGAAGAUGAGGGCUGAGAAGGGGGAGAGGGUUUGGAAUAUUUGGGAGGAUGGGUGUCCUGGUGGAGAGUCACCGGAAGAUGUCAUGAAACGUCUUGAUGCCUUGAUCCUCGAUAUCAGAGAGAAAUACCAGCGUCAAUGCUUUGAAAAUCCCGAUUGCCCGAAAGGUGAUGUCCUCGUUGUUGCACAUGGUCAUAUUCUUCGUGCGUUUGCCAUGCGUUGGAUAGGCAAGCCCUUGACGGAGACUUCGUUCAUUUUGGAAGCUGGUAGUGUGGGAACACUUAGCUAUGAGCACCACAACAUCGAUGAGCCCGCGAUUAUUCUGGGUGGUCAGUUUGUGGUGGAGUAG